GAACAUUCGAAUGUGUUAUUCACAAAUCAGAACUAGCUACGUAUUUUGACAACUCGUUUGUGUACAAGAUAAUGGCGUCAACUGUUGCAGUGCCUGUCGCCCCUACGGAGUCGGACUCAGAGCGGUGUGAAGGCGAGGAAGAGUUACGGGGGAACGAGGCUGAAGAAGAGAACAACCUACAAACUGGGCCCAUUGCAGCACCCUCCCAGAACCGUCUAGUGAAGUUACCGCUAUCCCGAAUCAAGGCAAUGAUGAAAGCUGACCCAGACGUGUCCCUCGCCAGUCAAGAGUCUGUGUUUAUCAUUGCUAAAGCCACAGUAAGUUAAAACUAUUACAUGAAGUAGUUACCCCUAGCAGCAUUUCUUACGUUUUAGUCAUUUAGCAGACGCGCUUAUCCGGAACAAUUAGGUUUAAGUGCCUUGCUCAAAGGCACAUUGACUGAUUUUUCACCUAGUCGGCUUUGGGAUUUGAAUCAGCAACGCUCUAAACGGCUAGGCUAUAGAGCCCAACAGUGGAAGUGUCAUUAAAACCUAGCGGUCAAACAGGGAAAUGGUUCCAAUCGUUUUUCUACCGUUCAUUUUUCCCAUAGGGGAUUUUGGAAACGCUUAAAAUAAGUAGGUUGCUGCAACGAGUCCAGUUUGUUGGUUGUUCUCUUCUUCAGCCUCGUUCCCCCGUAACUCUUCCUCACCUUCACACCACUCUGGGUCCGACUCUGUGGGGGCAACAGGCACUGCAACAGUUGAUGCCGGUUAUCAAAAUGUCAUGCCAGGUUAAGCCUAAAGAAAACACAGCCCUUAUUGCAAGUGUUUCUAAAUUCCCCAAUGUGGAAAAACUAUAGGAACCAUUUCCCUGUUUGACUGCUAGGUUUCAUAGGUAUUAUGACUCAUACUGUGGCACUCUAUUCCAGAUACAGAGUAAAGUCGUGGAGGGGAGGAUUGUAGGAAGGACCUAUUUUAUGUUCCUUGCAGUUCACUGGUCAUCAACUGUUGAGCUACUUGGUGUCCAGGCUUUUGUUCCAACCCAGCACCAACACAUCAUUGCUGUAAAGGCAAUAUCUAGCUUAGCUACCUAGGAUGACAAUCACUUUACUAUAGUCACAAUGUACUUAUGUUAUCUGUUACAGCGACGUUACUGACUGUAUACUAAACUUCAUGUGUUCCAGGAACUCUUUGUUGAGAUGAUUGCCAAAGAUGCCCUGGUGUACGCCCAGCAAGGAAAGAGGAAAACUUUGCAGAGGAAAGAUUUAGGUUAGUAAUGUCAAGCAGACAUUAUCAUAUAGUACACCAAACAUUAAUCAUACCAUGUGACCAUAACACUAAGCAAUAAUCAUCAACCCCUGGUUUUGGAGAGCCACAUGGUAUGCCAGGCUUUAGUUCCAUCCCAGUACUAAACGCGUGUUAGGCCUAACUGAUUCAACUGAUCAAGGUCUUAGUGCGGAGGUAGAACAAAAGCCUGUACACCAUGUAGCUCUACAGGACCAGGAUCGGUGGUCAUUUAGGCUAGCCUUUGACUUUAGUUCUUCCAACUAUUGUGUUUUUGUUGUUUCCACUGUCUAACAGAUAAUGCAAUAGAGGCCGUAGAUGAGUUUGCCUUUCUGGAAGGUAAGUUCUCUUCCAAGCAUCCAUCUUCGCUAAACCUCUAGCAUAUUUUAUUCUUCGUCAGAUUGAUAAUCGUUUUUUUUUUUAUUGAAUGAUCCCGCUGUGAUGUAUUAUUCUGAGUCAUUGGCUAUAGUGAAUCAGGUUUGUGUAAUAGGUUUGACAAGAUUGUCUUUGUCUAUGUUCUCUUUCAAAGGCACUCUAGACGCCUAGACACUCAGGAGACAGCAGGCCGUUCAAGGAUCAGAGGCAUUUGGAAAACAGACUGACCUGUCUUACUUUUGAAGUGAUAUCACUGAGUUGGAAAUGAAACAUUUGAGAAGGUUUUGGUGCUGGUCACAAGGAAUUCCCUUUCUGAACAUGUAUAAACUGUGAAGACAUCCGUGAUGAUCCUCCCUCAGUUGGUCUGGUCUGCAAUUUUUUAUUUGUAAAUAAUGUGAGAUUAUGUUGAAAUAAAUCGGUGUAUAAACCUAAUUUGUAGUUUUAAUUUUUUAAAAUAGCUUUAUUAGGAUUUAUUUUUAUUUUUUAUAUGCAUCAGAAAUAAAUCCAUCCUUAUUAGUAUACCAUAGUGUCCAGCUGUUUAGGCAACAACUACUCAUUUUCCAUUGUGAGGAAAAUAUAGACUUUACAUUUUAAUAAAAAGGACAUUA